AUGGCUUUUCAGAGGCUCUUCCGCGAACUGGCAAUCAGAGGUCACUCGGUUACUGUAAUAAACAACUACCCCGACCGCGAACCCGUGCAAAACUUAGAGUUCAUCGACCUCCAAGCGGACGGGACAUUCACAAACUAUACUCCGCCGUUAUUCACGUAUGAAACAAUCGACUCGAGGUACAUCCAUUUGCGAAAUUUACAUAAUCACAUCGAAGUGGGCCCCAACGUCGCGAUGUUCGAUUGCGAAAAUCUCCUUACGAACGUAAACGCCGUGGAGCAUUUAGCGCGGGGUAGGAAGUACGACGUAAUAUUCGUGGAACAGUUCGCCAGUGAUUGCGGUUUAGCUUACGCGAGUGCUUUGUAUGACGCACCUAUUAUAGGGAUAACUUCCCACGUGCUGCUGCCUUGGGCUUACCCGAGGCUAGGGCUGCCGUUCGACUUUUCCUCGGAUGCGUUUUACUUCUCCUGCGCCGGGCCCAACCCUGGGUUUUAUCACAAACUCGAGGCAUUCCUGAUGAACAUCUAUUCAAUGUUUGGUAAAUGGGCUUCGCAUAGAAGCGUAUACGAUGUGUUCAAACGACAUUUGCCUGGCAUCAAUUUGGAUAUAGAGAAAGCCGCUAAAGAGAGGAUGAAAAUGGUGUUCUCUUACCAACAUUUCUCGGUGACUGGGGCCAGGCUGGCAGCACCGCAGCUUCUGGAGAUUGGAGGGAUUCACAUCUCCAAACCGAAGCCUGUACCAAAGGACAUAGAAAAAUUCCUGGCGAAUUCAACUAACGGGGCGAUCUACGUUAGUUUCGGCUCGAAUCUUGUUGCGAGCACGAUGACACCGGGAAAGUUGCAGCAAUUCUUGGACGCGUUUAAGAGGAUACCGCAGAAAGUGCUAUGGAAAUUGGAGAACGUCAGUCUGCCAGGCGGGAAUGAUAACGUGUAUACAAGCAGCUGGAUGCCCCAAUUAGAUGUCUUAUGUCACGAGAAGGUCCUCGGGUUUGUAUCCCACGGUGGCAUGCUGAGUUUAUCAGAAGCAGCACAUUGCGGGAAACCGUUACUCGCUAUGCCCUUCUUCGGGGAUCAGUUCUCUAACGCUGCCGCAGUACGCGCCUCUGGACUCGGAAGUACCAUGUUCUUUCAGAAUCUUAACGCUGAUAACUUGGCCGAAGAAAUAGGGAAGCUGACAUCGUUCGGGAUGCAGCAAAGUGCAAAAAGAGUAUCUAAAUUAUGGCACGAUAGACCGCAAACAGUUUUGGACAGCGCCAUCUAUUGGACAGAGUACGUAGCUCGACGCGUGACGCAACGUGACGCGACGUGCCAGGGGAAGGCCGCGGCGGCGACCCUGGCCGACGGAACACGCCGUCCCGCUACGCACGCACCACGCGGUGCGACACCCGCUCAAUUGAUUGUUAUUGUCCGUUGCUGUUCGAACUCUUCCGUGUUUCGUUCGAAUAUUUGCGUGCACAGGGGCAUAUCAAUUGGCGUGGCGCCUCGGCCGGUCAAUGUUGCGCCCCUUAGCGGUGCAUCCGUGCCGUACAUAUGCCAGACGGGAAAC